CUGUCUCCCCAAAAUAUCUUUACUCCAGUGAUCAUAACAGCAGCUGCUAUUUAUUGAGCACGUACUGUGUGUCAAGCUUUGGAAUCUGGUGACUUUUACAGUAAGAUUGUGGUUUGUCAUUUUACAGAAACAGACUCAGAGAUUAACAGGCCAAAGAUCACACACUCAUGUGUGGCACCCAAGGACAGGAUUCCAACCACCAAGGGUAUUGUCUCAGCACUCCAUUAGCCACCCAACCCCAACGCCACCGCCACCGUAUUUCCUAACCAGAUCCUUCUUUCCUUUAACUUCUUCCUUUCGACACCUCCACCAGGAGGUCCAGUUUCUUUCUGGGGCUUCUUUAUUUGUAUCACUUGUAUUUGUUACACUUUAGUUACAGUUGCACUACACACACACACACACACACACACACACACUCACACACAAACACACCGACAUAUGCCCUGCGGCCUCGACAGAAGCGAUGGCGAGGAAAAAAGCUGAACGAGUAGGGGCAUUAGACGUUAGAUCUGUGCUCCGGAAGCAAGGACCACCAAAUCUGGUACUUCAGACCCUAGAUGCGAGUCCUACUCUCGGCCCCGGCGCAGUUCCACAUGAGGCCACCAGAUGGUGCCUGCCCGUCUUGAGCGGAGCUUGUAGUUAAGCUAUGUAGCCGCCAGGUGGUGCCCGAGGCCACGCUCCGCGGACAAGGCAGGGACAAGGUGGAGCCCAGUCGGCCCCCGCGUCAGAGUCUGGCCUUGGUGGCUUCAGCGCACGUGAUCUGCCGCUGUCUCCCACCCGCGCCAUGACCCAGCCUGUACCCCGGCUCUCUUUGCCCGCCACGCUGGCCCUGGGCUCGGCCGCGCUGGGCGCCGCUUUCGCCACUGGCCUCUUCCUGGGGAGACGGUGGCCCUCGUGGCGAUUCCGGCGACAGCGGCACCUGCUUCCCCCAGAAGACAGUCCCCUGUGGCAGUAUCUGCUGAGCCGCUCAAUACGGGAGCACCCAGCACUACGGAGCCUGCGUCUGCUGACUCUGGAGCAGCCGCAUGGAGAUUACAUGAUGACCUGUGAACAGGCGCAGCUUCUGGCCAACCUGGCACGACUCAUCAAGGCCAAGAAGGCGCUGGACCUGGGCACUUUCACUGGCUACUCUGCCCUGGCACUGGCCCUGGCGCUGCCCCCCGCCGGGCGUGUGGUGACCUGCGAGGUGGACGCAGGGCCCCCGGAGCUGGGGCGGCCCCUGUGGAGGAAGGCUGAGAUGGAUCACAAAAUCGACCUUCGGCUGAAGCCAGCCCUGGAGACCUUGGACGAGCUCCUGGCGGCAGGAGAGGCCAGCACCUUCGACGUGGCCGUGGUGGACGCGGACAAAGAGAACUGCACAGCCUACUAUGAGCGAUGUCUGCAGCUGCUGCGCCCCGGAGGCAUGCUCGCCAUCCCUAGAGUACUUUGGAACGGAGAGGUGCUACAGCCUCAACAAGGGGACACCGCUGCUGAGAGUGUGCGAAACCUAAAUGAGCGCAUCCGGCGGGAUGCCAGGGUUUACAUCAGCCUCCUGCCCUUAGGCGAUGGCCUCACCUUGGCCUUCAAGAUCUAAGCCUGUGAGCUCAGAGAGGGAACCUGGAACCAGACUUCAGUUUUAAAUCCUGUAAUAAAGUGGGGCUGGGAAUUAAAUCCUCCUGAGUUUCCUCCCUAUCUGGCACUGUAUGGGGGUGGGGAAGUUUCAGCACAAGUAGCCUCUUCAGUGAAAGGGGUCCUUGAUGUCUCAGCCCUUCACUUCUUGCAGUAGUUUUAAUUGGCUACAUGUAGUGCCCAGAGGUCCCAACAACUUAAGCUUACCUACCCCUAACAGGGUCUGAGAGUUGGAUUCAAAGUGCAUUCCCUCUUGGUCCCAUUUCUAUGUCUCCAUCAGGGACAGGUGAAAUUCCUGGCACAGUGCAGCUGGGACUGGUGGGGAGACCUCAUCUGGGAUCUGUCAGUGUGAAAGGACUUGCAGGGGACCAGCACUGCCACAGGUAUUUCUAUAAGUUAUGCUAGUUCUGUCGGCCAUUUGUCCACUUUUUCAGAGAAAUAUCAGCUCCCCUGCCUUACCUCUGAGAACCUCAAGUUUGGCUUGAAUAUAUACUCUAAUGUUCCCCUUUCGUCCUGAAGAUGAGGGGACUGCUAUCCAAGAUGUGAAGCAACAAGCCUGAGGGUAGCAGACCUUCAGUAUGACAAUUUUAAACACAUUUCCUAGACAAAGAGAACUUUAGGUUUUCCAGCAUGCUGGUUUAAAGGAGAAGAAAAGGCAGUUAGGCUUUAGGGACCUUCAAGCCAGAUUCUUUGCUUCAUUCAAAUAUCCCCAACCCACAGGAAGAUCUUGUCUCUAAGACACAAAUGAAAGUCAGGUUCUUUCUAAUAACUUCAAGGCCUCAGGCAAAAGGGCACUUACAAUAGGCUUUGCUGCCACGUGUUAAGACCUGGUGGUGGAAUUGCACCUGAAGACUACUAGAAGAAGUUAUAGGAGCUGCGUGAACCUGUAACUGCAGAUUUUCAUAAUCUUGAUGCUCCAAGGAUUUACCUGGCAUUCUCCACAAUCCUCAGGGUCCUAGAUAUUACAACUACCCUAUUCUCUCUAACUCAUAAAAGCUUAUUAGGAUGCACACAGGUGACCCAGUAACUCAAACCUGUGUGCACUACAGUCCAGAUUACUGAACCAGAUGAACUUCAACUGCAGCAGAAAGCACAAUGAUUAGCUGAGGAGCAAAAGAUCAUUUAGAAGACCAGAUUUCCUCCCUGCAGGUCUAGCUUGCACCCCAAGUACAAGUGUUGUUUUCAUACCUAGCAUGUAGGGACACCUUUUCAUUUUCUUAUCUAGCAAUAGGUCUAACUCAAAUUGCAACCUCCAACCUGCUCCCAUGCCCAUAGGAGGCAGCAUGUGUCUGGGGAGACAGCCUUUUGGAGAAUCCAUCCCUAUUUACAUGGGCCACUCCGGUGAAUUCCUUAGGAAAAACAAGCACAACCUAUUUUAUCAGCUUUUUCACUGUUGUGACCAAAAUACCUGACAAGAAUAAUUAGAAGAGAAAAAGUUUAUUUGGGGGUUCACAGUUUCAGAGGUCUUAAGUCAUAGAUGGCUGACUACAUUCUUUGGGGUCUGAAGUGAGACAAAACAUCAUGGCCGAAGUGUGUAGGAAAGGAAAACAUCUGGGAACAUCACACUAGGAAGCAGAGACAGCACUCCUCACCACAACAAAAUAUAAGCCCCAAAGGCAUGCCCCACCUUCUCCAGCUAUACCCUACUGGCUAUCAAGUUACUAGUCAAUGCCUAGCAUGGGAUUCACUGAAUUGGUUAAACCUUUCAUAACCCAAUCAUUUCACCUCUAAACUUUCCUGCAUUGUCUCACUUACCAGCUUUUGGGGGACACCUCAUAUCUAAACCAUAACAGACCAAAAAAGGCCUCUUGUCCCUUUUAGUCUCUGUAUGGAGAGCUUGCUUGAAUUCUAUUUUCAUCAGAUUCUGUCCAACCUGGAAGUUUUUAGCACAUCAUCAUUUCUUGAAAUGAUGAGUCCCAAAGUACUCCAUUGUCUUAAUCUGUUCUCUCAAGCUGCAAACUGAGCUUUAGAUUUUAUACUUCAGAUGUGUUCAACAAAUUUCCCCUUCUCUUUGGCUUUAUCCUUCAAACUAGCACCUCCUAUCACAAAACUUGUUCUUUAGACUUUUCCAACCAGAAUCACCCAUUAACAUCAAUCAUUCAUGCCCAGAUGAAAGCCAAGAGGAUUGCCGUUGAUCUCACAGGUUAACACAGCUUUCCAGUCAAUGUCGGCCUAGGUGGAAAAGAGUGAUGUGAUGACUUCCCACUAGGACCCAUAUUUCCUUUCUCAGACCCUAUGCUUAUCAAUGCUGUCUACACUUUACCUCCCAUCCCACUGAUUUAGGGGUACAGCACUGGUCACCACAUAACCAGUUUCACUAGAAACCAACUAACAAGUAACUAUCUGAAGAUUUUAAAUACAAUUCUUGUUUAGAUCAUCCUUGAUCACCUUCUUGUGGGGGAAAAAGCCUGCAGGUCACAACGGAAAUAUACUGAGGUCAAAUCUUCUGAUUCCCAGGGGUUUCUUUCAGGUGAAUUAAGCUUCCAAUUCCGGGACAAGCCCAAACAAUAGCUCACAGGGGCACUGGUGUGUAUAUAUAAUCUUCCAGCAUGAUCCCUACAUUGUCCUAUCCUUGUCACUUUCUCCCACCAUUCCUGAGGUUAACAAUGAAUCAGUGUAAUUCUGUACAAACUUAGAAACUGAAGAGUAUAACUGUGUAUAUCCUCUUAUUUUAUUGUAGUCUCAAAAAUCUCUUGGAAUUCUAGAGAUACAGGACUUGUGGCACAGA